UCUGUCUCUUUCUCUCUCACUCGCGAAUUUCUUUCCCAAAAUUUAUCACCCAUUAAUGUCCCCGAUUUUCUCUCCUCCAAUCCCUCAAUCUAUUUCUCUCUAGAGAUAAAACCCUCUUGAACAACCCCCACACCAGCAAGAACCCCCAAAACCCAUCUGCUUUCUUUCUUGUUAUGGAGAGGAGACUCAGUGACCGAUCUACUCCUACCGCUAACUCACCCACCUACGCCUACCCAUUCUUUGAUCUCGAUGAAACCCUAGCAUCAUCUAUGGCUCGUCUCAAUCUUAACCCCCACUCCGAUUACUUGUUCAACGAUCUCGGGAUGCGUGCGCCGUCGAUUCCGUCUCUCGACGAUGCGUUUUUACGAGAUAACUAUUAUACUACCAUUGUUGGUCCCGCGAUGGCUCCUGGUUACGAUGUCGUUAAUGGCUUGGACAACUUAUUGGUUGAACAGUAUUUGAACCGGAACCGGAAUCGGAAUCGGAAUGGGAAUGGGAAUGGGUUUGAUAUCAGGGGAGGAGGAGGGUCGGUUCCUUAUUUGAUUCCUGACGGAUUGGUUUUAAAUAACCCGAAUAGUCUGACUGGUGGGUUGUACAAUAGGCGGCCGCAGACGUGGUUGGAGCCUGUGGAUAUGGAUCUUUUGUCUGUAAAGAAUUUGAGGGGUACAAUUUUGUCCUUGGCGAAGGAUCAAAAUGGGUGUAAAAUAUUGCGGAAGGUUAUAGAGGGUGCAAGAGAUGAAAAUGAAAUUGAUAUGGCGUUAGAGGAGAUUAUUGAACAUUUAGGUGAGUUGAUGGUGCACCAGUUUGGGAAUUACGUUGUUCAAAACCUUGUGGAGGUGUGCAAUAAGAACCAAUUGAACAGGAUUGUGUCCAAGAUCACUGAGACUGAGCAUCAACUAGUCAACAUAUGCCUUGACACUCAUGGAACUCGUACUGUACAGAGACUGUUGAGGCAUCUUGAAACCACUGGGCAAGAAGUGGCUAUGAUCAUGUCUGCUAUAAGCCGUCAUACUGUUGCAUUGACUAAGGACAUGAAUGGCCAUCAUGUUAUCCAGCAUUGCUUGAAAUAUUUCACAGAUGAAGACAAUAGGUAUCUCCUGCAUGAAUUGGCACGUGACUGCUUUGGACUUGCAACAAAUAAAAGUGGGUGUUGUAUACUGCAGCAAUGUGUGGACUCCUCUAGCGGUGAAACUAGAGAUUUUUUGGUGGCCCAGAUUAUUUCCCAUGCACUCCCUUUAGCUGAAGACCGUUAUGGAAAUUAUGUGGUGCAGCAUUUGUUGGAAUUGCGGAUACCACAAAUCACUGCAAAUCUUCUGAGACAGCUCAAAGGUAGUUAUGCAGCUCUUUCAUGUAACAAGUAUGGCAGCAAUGUGGUGGAGAAGUGCUUUUCAGAAUCAAGGGAGGAACAAUGCACAAUGAUUAUUGUGGAAUUGCUUUCCAAUCCAAAUGUUUCUAUGCUUCUUCUUGAUCCUUAUGGGAACUAUGUCAUCCAAACAGCAUUAAGGGUAGCUAAGGGGCUUGUUCGCAGUGCUUUGUUUAAUCUUGUCCGUAUAAACUCUCCAAUGAUGCGCUGUAAUAUCUAUGGCAAAAAGGUGCUUGAAUCCUUAGACAAAAAGAGGACGCAACAGAUGGUAGCAUGUAUGAGUACUCGGGAGGAGGUAACCGAAAACAUCUUACAUUCUUAGGUUGUCCGCAGGAAUAUGUUAAGUUAGGUGUUGGCAGGUUGACGAUUGUAACUGUUGUUCCCUGUAAGAUUUUGGUAUUGUCUGUUUGUACUCUGUAAACCCUUUUGAUUCUAGCUCUUUAAAAAUGCAGAGCAAGGUUGUAGCGAUUAGGACGGAAUGUGACAGGUAAUACAUAAAUCCCAAGAGUGAGGGAAUGUACAAUUUAGCAUUGGAUUUUAAGGGGAGAUGAUAUAAAUGUUUAAACCUGUACAUUCAUAGAGAAUUCUGUUUCUUAAUGAAAAUUUUAUUAUGGCUGGUUAGGUUUUGUUUAAACCCUAGCUAGCAU